GUAGCUUAUAAAUAUUAAGAAGGCCUCGUACAUUGUAGAAAAUCACCCAGCUGGGACUAAAAGAGAAAGAUUCAGAAAAUGGGUGCGUGGUUAAGAAAUGCAAAACCAUAUCUACUAUUGUUAGCUGUACAAUUUGGGUCUGCUGUCAUGUUCAUUUUCGCCAUGGAUGCUAUCAACAAAGGCAUGAGUCAUUACGUCUUCAUUGUCUACCGUAAUGCCAUUGCUGCUGUAACAUUAGCUCCCUUUGCAUUUUUUCUAGAAAGGAAAGUCAGACCCAAGAUGACUCCCCGUGUAUUUUCAGAGAUUAUGGCACUGGCUUUCUUUGAAAUAAUACUUGAUCAAUGCUUUGCCCUGUUGGGGAUGAAAUUAACGUCCGCAUCCUUCUUGUCUGCUGUGAUGAACUCCGCCCCCUCCAUUACUUUUGUGUUGGCAGUCAUUCUAAAACUUGAGCACAUGAAGAUUAAGGAGGUAGCAUGUCAAGCGAAACUGAUCGGCACAGCAAUAACAUUCGGAGGAACAUUGCUAAUGGCUCUGUAUAAAGGUCCUGUAGUUAGUGUUGUGAGGUCAUCCAUUAAUCAUGCUACCCAGCCUCAGAAUGUGGACGACCCUACCGGUAACCGCUGGAUCAUAGGGACAUGUUUCCUCCUCAUUGGUUGCGCUGGCUUCUCUUCAUUUUACAUAUUGCAGGCCAUAACGUUGAGAAAGUACCCAGCAGAAAUGUCCUUAGCAACCUGGGUUUGUUUUAUAGGCGCACUUCAAAGCUUUGUGGUAGCGUUUUUCGCGGAGCGCCAUCACUCUCAUGCUUGGUCUCUAGGUUGGGAUACACGACUCUUUGCCCCAGCUUAUGCGGGGAUAGUUACAUCAGGAGUCCAAUAUUACAUACAAGGCAAGGUCAUAAAAACAAUGGGUCCAGUUAUUGUAACUGCUUUUAAUCCCCUGCGUAUGAUCAUUGUCACGGCCUUGGCGUGCAUCAUUCUCUCUGAGCAACUCUUUCUUGGAAGUAUUAUUGGAGCAAUAGUGGUGGUUUCUGGGCUUUAUCUAGUUGUGUGGGGAAAAUCUAAAGAAUACAAAGCUCGCAAUGAGAUGCCACCGUCACCUACAAAGGAGAACUCAUUGCAACACCAACAGCAGCUACCCGUCACUGCUCCUAGAAAUGAAAUUAGCGAUAACAAAACUCAAUUGGUUUUUCACGCUGAAGAACAAUGCUACAAUUGUGGGCCAAAUUAAUUAUGGGCCCCCACUUUGUUUAAUUAGACAUUGAUUAAUUGGUGUUACCAUUCCUAUACCUAAGCCAAAUGUCAUUAAGACAUUGAUUCAUUUCGGGGCUUUCAAAAUAAGUAAAAAAACAAAUAUAUGAUCCAUUCUGAGAUUCUAAAAUUGUAAAAGUAAACAUGAUUCUUACACCAUCCAAAACAUCUCCUUUUACACUUCAUGUUUUAUCCUUCUCUUUAUUAGUUUUCCGUCACAAUAUCCAUCCUAUCUACUCAGCUUAAUUUGUCUUUUUCCAUUUCUCUAUGCCAUAAAAUAUAACGAUCAUAUGUAUGAAA